GUGAGUUUUUCGUAGAUUAUCAUUUUAUUUAUACUAUGUCAUAGACUCAUAGUUAUUUUUUUCACUGUUGUACUGCUUACAAAUUUAGAUCUGUGAGACCUUUCCUCAUCUUGAAGAAUUUGCUGAAAAAUCAAUGGAUGAGCCCUUACCCAUCCCCCGCAUCCUCAGAUGGCACACUUCAAAAAGCGACAAGAUAAUCGAAGGCAGCCCAUUCAAGUAUAAAGGAAAAAUUACCGAAAACGUGCACCCGUACAUCAUCCCUACUGUUCAUGAGACGAAGAUGGAUUACAUGAUUAUGUUUGAGCCAUAUACGGAUGAGAUGAAGAAUAACGUCCUCGAUGGAUUGAAGAAAGAGUUAGAAGGGGUGACUUUCCUCACUUCAAAUGAGGAAAAUGAUGAUGACGGGGAUUUGGGUGGUAACCUCGUUGGAGUACGCGUUGGUGAUGAUGAUUCUCCAAGCACCUCCAAAGAUGCAGUGGGAACCUGAUCCCCCGGGGAUCUUCAUAAGCAUGUGGCUGCGCUCGAGGAAGCGGUGUUGGAUAUUGCAUCCUAUAUCAAAGAGAAAAGAAUGAAGAAAAAGAAAAAUAAUGAGCGACAACAUGAACGAGUGCAUGUGCAUGAAUCGAAGAGAAAUAAAGAAGGAGGAAAAAAGAGCAAAAUGGAUGAGUUGGCCGCUGUUGUGGCAGAAAAGGAAAAAGAAGAAGAAAAGAAAGAUGGUGAAGAAGAUAAGAUCCAAGAAGAAGGUGGAAAAGUAGCAACAGCAGUAGAAGAAGAAGAAGCGGCAGCAGAUGAACAAGGAGGCGCAGAAAAAAGAAAAACUGUUGAAGAAAAAGCUGACAAAGAAGAAGUUGAGCAAGAAGCAGCAGGUGAACGAAAAGAAGAAGCCGAGGAAGAAACAACUGCUGAUGCUGAGGAAGAAACAGCUGCUGCAGGUGAAGUAAGAAAAGAAGGUAUGGAAGAAAAGAAAACUGAAGAAGCAGCAGCUGAUGUACAUGCUGAAAAAGAAGGAGAAGAAGGUGAGAAUGAAGAAGCAGCUGCAAUUGUUGAGAAAAAAGAAGUUAAAGCUGCCCAAACAGAUGUGGUCAUGGACAUUGUUGAUGAAAUCAACUGUAACACUUGUGCUGAUGAGGAACUUAGGGAAAGAGACAUUUAAAUGCUAAGAUGUUUAAUUUGUUGUUAAAUGAUGAGUUGUUAGG